GCAACAGAACAUUAACCACAUUCACUGCUGGAUGUGGUGAAGUCUGGGAGGAAGAGUGAUAGUGCCGAUGAUAGUGCAGUAAAGAUUUUUGAUUUUUUUUUUUUCUCUCACAUAGUGAUGUACAGUGAGGAUGGAGGAACCUGAAGACAGUAUCGCAGUGGUGGGGAUUGGGUGCAAUUUUCCUGGGGGAGAAGGGCUGGAUAAUUACUGGAAGGUUCUUCUGGAGGGAAGAAACUGUUCUGAGACGAAUCCCAAAGAGAGGUUUGACGUAGCCAGUUGGUAUGAUCCAGACGACAACAAGGCGGGUAAAUCCCGCACCGCCAAGGCUGCUCUCAUUGACGGGUUUAAUGAAUUUGAUCACAAGUUGUUUGGCAUCAGUGACAGUGAAGUGGAACAAAUGGAUCCUCAGCAAAAGCAGCUCCUCCAGUGCGUUUACAGAGCUUUAGAGAAUGCUGGACUUCCUACGGAGAAGGCCAGUGGCACCAGGACAGGAGUCUUCGUUGGCCUAAUGAACCGUGAUUAUGCUGCACAUGUCCACCCAAGUGUAAUCAACCACUGGACUGGAACAGGACUUGCCAUGAGUAUCGCAGCAAACAGAGUUUCAUACACCUUCAACUUUACUGGGCCAUCGCUGACCAUAGACAGUGCCUGUUCAUCCUCCCUGGUGGCUCUCCAUCUCGCUUGUCAAGCCAUUAAACAAGGAGAUUGUGACAUGGCUGUUUGUGGAGGCGUCACCUGUAUCUUCGAGCCAAGAGUGUUUGUUGCUCUCAGCAAAGCCAAGAUGAUUUCACCUGACGGGACCAGCAAAGCUUUCUCCAACAGAGCAGAUGGCUAUGGUAGAGGAGAAGGCUGUGGAAUUGUUCUCCUGAAGCCACUGAAAAAGGCAAUACAAGACCAUGACCAUAUCUGGGGUAUCAUCAGCAAAACAGCGGUCAACCAAGAUGGACACUCGGUCACUCCAAUCACCAAACCCUCCAUGACCCAACAAGAGGAGCUGCUGCGAAGGAUCUACUCCGAGUCUGAUCUCGCAGAUGUCCACUACAUAGAAGCACAUGGGACUGGAACCCCGGUCGGGGACCAAACAGAGGCAGGAAGCAUCGCAAAUGCCAUCACCAAAGCCAAACCUCCUGGUUCAAAGACACUGCGGAUUGGUUCUGUGAAGAGCAACAUUGGACAUACAGAAUCGGCAGCUGGAGUGGCUGGACUCAUUAAGGUUCUUCUAAUGAUGAAUCAUGAGACCAUUGUUCCCUCCGUGUUCUACUCUGAAGAAACUGCAAGUGUAGAUGCCAAAGCUUUGAACCUCAAGUUUCCUAAAGAGGUUGAAAAGUGGGAAACCUCUGGUGCAAGAAUUGCAGGGGUGAACAACUUUGGCUUUGGGGGUACAAAUGCACAUGCUAUUGUCAAACAGUAUAAGCAGUCACCCAUUAGGCACCAGAAUGUCAGGACACAACCAAAGUACUUUGUCAUAUCUGCAAAUUCAAACAAAUCACUCUCUCUCAUGAUGGAGGACACUGUUAAACAGCUGGAGGCAGAUAGUCAAGUUGAUCUAAACUCACUUCUGUACACAUCAGCUUGCAGAAGAAGCCACCUGAAACAUAAAUACAGAAAGGCCAUUGUGGUAUCAUCUGUAGUUGACCUUAAAGAGAAGCUAAGUGCUGCUGUUGGCAAAAAUAUCAGCGCAUGCUCCUCAGAUCCAAGGUUAGUGUUUGUCUUUUGUGGAAAUGGUGUCACUUACCAUGGCAUGUGCAAGCAGAUGCUAAAACACGAGCCUAUAUUCAGACAAAAGAUCAUGGAAAUUGCACAACUUUUUAAAAGGCUGAGUACCCUGAACAUCCUGGAAACACUCGAGAGGGAGUUUGAGAGCAAUGACUUCAAAAACCCAGAUGUUGUCCAGCCAUUACUCUUUGCUAUCCAGGUUGGCAUUAGCACCCUACUCAGGCAUUGGGGUGUCAAGCCAGAUGCAAUACUUGGACACUCUGUGGGCGAGGUAGCAGCUGCUCACUGUUCUGGCCUCUUGUCCCUUGAAGAUGCAGUAAACGUCAUCUAUUUCCGCAGCACACUCCAGAAGAAAGUCACUGGGGGUAAGAUGCUUGUGAUAAGCAACAUGGCUGUAACGGAGGUAACUGCUCUCCUCCCUCAUUACUCUGGUAGAGUUUGCCUUGCUGCUUUCAAUAGUCCACAGUCCUGCACCCUAUCAGGUGAUGCAGAUGCAAUCAUUAACAUCCAUAAGGAGCUAAGCACUUCAGCCAGUGGUCAGAAUCUUUUCCUCCGUGUGUUGGAUGUCCCUGCUGCUUACCACAGCCACAUGAUGGAUCCAAUUCUAUCUGAAAUCAAGGACGUGAUUGGCGUCCUGCAGAUUAAUGAUCUUGAGACAGAGUUGAUCUCAACGGUGACAGGCAAGGAAUUCCAGCAGGGAGAUUUUUGCACCGGUGAAUACUGGGCUAGAAACAUUCGUGAGCCAGUAGCAUUUGAGCCAGCAGUGAGGUCAGCAACAAAAGGAAAGAAGAACACAGUCUUUGUAGAGAUAGGACCACGAAGGGCACUACAGAGAAACAUCAUUGAAUGUCUGGAUAAUAAUGAUAGCACAGCUGUCCUGGCCUCGGUGCAACCAGAGAAAGAUCAUGAAACAAUUGUGUCUGUUGUUUCUAAGCUGUUUGAACUGGGAGUUCCGGUAGAUUGGAACACCUUCUACAAAGGCUACGAGACCUUGCCACUGCCUUUCCCACGAUACAAAUUUGAUACCUCAGAUAGGGAUGUUAUCAUCGGAGCAGCACAAAAUAACAAGGCAAGUGAUCAUCCUGUGCUCUGUCAGACAGGAAGUGAGAGCAACAUUUUUCGCUGUGACCUGUCAUCAGACUCUUCUUUCUACCUGAAAGAGCACAAACAUAAUAACAUACCCAUCAUCCCUGGUGCCUUCUAUGCAGAGUUGGGUUUAGCCGCAUUCAUGGCCAGUUCCAAACCAAAAGUAGCACUCAACUCUGUGCAGCUUAAUGUCAAUUUCCACAAUCCUUAUGUUUUAUCCCUGAAUUUUCCUGAAGUGAAAGUGCAACUGGAACACCAAGAGAAAGAGGCAAGUUUCAAAGUAUUCUCUUCGUCUGCAUUGUAUGCAUCAGGCAAAGUUGUUUCUAAGAGAGAGAGGUUGUAUGAGGAACAGUGCAUUUCACUGAGCUCCAUCUUCAAAAGGUGCAAAUCUGUAGUGAGCUUUCAGGAGUUCUAUGGGUAUCUGUCACAAGGGGGAUUUCAGUAUGGCGAUGUCUUCAAGAACAAGGCAAAUGUGCACUAUGGGGAAGAUCUCAGGGAGGCCUAUGCAGUUGUUUCAGUUUCAGAGGAGCUGCAGCCUCAGCUACAUGACUACUGCAUUCAUCCUGUUGUGUUGGACUAUCUGAUGCAGCUUCUUCCAGUUACAGUUGAGAACAUUUUUUCUGGUAGGCCAGGUUUUCCUGCCCAAAUAGGAAGUUUGACGGUGUUUGAACCCUUGCAAGAUGAGAUGAUUGUCUACUUGAGAGCAAUCGACGUGGGUACCAAUCACUUUGAGGUGUGUGGCUGUUUUGCAGACAGAGAAGGCAGAGUGUUGGUUGAGGUUAAGCAUGUGAUUAUCAAGUAUCUUGGAAGUCAAUCGCAUGUGGUUGAGGAGUACUUCUACCAUAAUUCCUUCAGUGUACUCCGUGAAAGUAUCACAUCUGCUCCUCCCACAGCCUUGGUCUUUUGUGACCAAAUAGGGAUUGCUAAUAGUCUGCAACAGCAUUUAGACUCAAAAUCUCAAUACAUUCCAUUCACACAUGCAAAAGACAUUUUGAGCCAGGGCUUCCCAUCUCUCUUGACACAACUCAAGAUCAGAGAUAUCAAGAAACGCUUUAAUGAAGUGUUGUUUUUGUGGGGCAAAGAAAAUCUUUCUUCACUAACAGCUGAUGCUGUGCUACAGAGUUUGGUGAACUGCUGUGAGAUUUUCCGUCAAAUCGUCCUUGAGCUCAAGCGAAUUCACUUUCCACACUCUAUUAGAGCAGUUACCUACCGUUCUUCUGAUAUCACAGUGGAUCACAUAAAUCCAGGCUUUGCUCUCGCUGGUAUGACCAGAUCAUUGGCUGCAGAGAUACCAGAGCUUUCAUUUCAGCUCAUUGAUCUAAACACCAUUUCUGCUCAGGACAUCACAGCUCUAUCUAAGGUACUACAAUCAUAUCCUUGCAGCAAGUACCCAGAGUUGGUGGUACAAAAUGGUGAGGUUUUAAAAUCCUCCAUUGUCCGUACUCCUCCUGAGAUCAUAGACAGUUCUCAGGCCAUUUUUUCCCCAACAAAGUCUGAACCUUGCAUCUUCCAGACAGCUGAUGCACAUAGAAUGAGUCAAUUAAGUGCCAUUCACAUGAAUGAGGGGGACCUGGCAAUCACUGACAAAUCAGUUGAAAUACAACCCAGUACAAUAUGUGUUCAUUCAUCUGAUUACUUCCCUGUCAGUGCUUCACAUCUUAAAUUUGGCCAGACCCUCUACUGGAACAAACACUCAUUACAGAGCCACAAGCUGUUAGCUCUUGAUUUCAGUGGUACUGUAACAGCAGUUGGAAAAGAUGUCACUAAACUGAAAGUGGGAGACCACAUUGCCUGCUGUUAUCCUGUGGUGGCAGGCAGCAAGAUCACAGUGCCAGAACAUGUGUGCUACAGCACAAAACGAUUCUCAUUCCUUCAAAACACACCCUGUGUUUCCUACUUUGUGCUAGCAUGGGAAAUCCUACAUCGAGCCUUGCCCAGAGCCAAACAAAAUCUCGGAAUCAUAUCCUGUGUUCCUGACUCUGCUUUAAUGAAAGUCUUGGCUCUUACUGCCUCCGAGUCUGGCUGGAAUGUCUUUUUUGGAGCACAAUGUAAUGCCAAACAAAUGGAUGCAUUUGUCUUCUUGCCUCCAUUUGAUGAAGCCCUGGUUGAAAAACUUUGGAACUUUCCAGGGGUGGAACAUGUGGUUGUCAUCUGCGAGUCUCAGACUCAAACUUCACUUGCUCAGGAUUUGUUCCAAGGUAUAAACGACAGCAUUCAUGUGCAGACAAUUCAGAUGCCAGUCAUUUUACAAAAGGGAUCACUGAGUGCACAAAGGCCACAUAUUUAUGAGUGGCUCAAGUCACUGAAGUUAAACAGGAAAUUUGGUCUGACUAGCUUCACCUUUCAGAGUGUGGAAUCUGAUAACUUCAAGAGCAGUCAUUUGCAGAAACCAGAAUCAUACUUCACCACAAAGAAACUAGCAGUUGUGGCUCUAGAAAAGGACGACAGUGACACUCAGAUUCCACUAAUGCCAGCAAAAAAACAGCUUUUCCAAAAGAAAGCGGUGUACAUUGUGGCAGGGGGUCUUUCUGGUCUAGGCUUUGAAACUGUCAAGUUCAUCUCACAAAGAGGGGGUGAAUAUGUUGUCAUACUCUCCAGGAGUAAGCCCACGUCGCAUGUGCAGCAAGACAUACACAACAUAGAGAAUCAGUGUGGAAACUGCAUCACUAGCAUGAGAUGUGAUGUAUCAGACUCCAAACAGGUGCCCAAGGUUAUCAGUGCCAUAGGCCACAAGUUCCCUGGUUGUCCAAUUAAAGGUGUCUUCCACAGUGCAGUUGUCUUGCAAGAUGGGCUGAUUGAGACACUCGACAGAUCUCUCUAUGAGAUAGUUCUCACACCAAAAGUAAAAGGUGCACUUAAUCUGCACCACGCAACACAACACUGUCAGUUAGACUACUUUGUGUGUUAUUCCUCCAUCUCUGCUUUUCUGGGAAAUGCAUCACAAACAAACUACGCAGCAGCCAACACCUUCCUCGACAUGUUCUGUCAUUACAGGCGCAAACUUGGGCUGCCUGGACAGUCCAUCAACUGGGGGGCCUUGAAUGUCGGUCUUCUCUUGAACAAGGAGCAUUUCCAGCGAUUUCUGGAGGCAAAGGGGUUGAUGAUUUUAGAAGUCCCUGAAAUUCAUAAAAGCUUGGAGCAAUGCCUUGUCCUCAAUAGGCCCCAACAGGCUGUUUGCAGGUUUAAUUUCAGAAACAUCAGGUACAAUAUCCUCUCCCAAAAUGUGUCCUUGACCAUGCGUCUGUCCGUGUUAGUUGAGGACGCUUUCCAAAAAUCAGAGAAAGAAUCUCAAGCAAACCAAGCUGAAUCUUUCUCGUCAAAAGACUACGUCAUCUCUCUCCUUAGUGAAACCGUUGGCUUGGAUGAGAGUGAGCUAAAAGACGAAACGCCUCUCUCCUCCUUAGGCAUUGACUCCAUGCAGGCCAUGACUCUGCAGAAUCGGAUCUUCCUGGAAAGAGGUGUGAAUGUGCCUCUGGUGAAACUGCUGGACCCCAAUGCCACGCUGUCAACAGUGGUAGAUAUACUGAGUGAAGGAGCUGAGGGUGAAAGGUUCAGUGAUAAUGCAGCAACUAAUAGCUCAACUGAGGAAACAGAGCAUCUUUCAACUACAUUGUAAAAAUGCUAAAGGCAUAUGUUGAGUUAUGUAAACAACAUAACUAUCAUGACAGUGAAACAGAAGAAAAAUGGCCAUUGCAACACAAUAACAUUAUUGUGUUAAAUGUGUACUAUACAAGUUCAUAUUGCUUUUUGCCUGCUCUGUUUGAUUGUCAUAUCUAGAAAGUUGUGUUAAGUUAUGUUUAGUUUUUUGCCUUCUAUUUUUUGUCUUGUGACUUCCUGUUUUAUUUUGACAUCUCUCUUUCCUCUUGUUUUAGCUAACUUGCCCUUCCCCUGUAGUUUUCCCCCCAGUCUGAUUAUCUUCCCCGCCCUGAUUGUUUCCACCUGUUCCCCAUUACUUUGAGUUCACAUAUAGCCUGUGCUUCCCUUUGCCCUGUGUCAGUUCGUCUUGUCUGUCAUGCCAGAGAACCCACGCCAAUCCAUGCCACGUCAAUUGUUUGUAAGGUUUUUGCUUUUCUUAGUUGCUACUUUGUUUUGUCCCUUUUUGAGCCAUCAGAGUUUUUUCCUCGUGAAGAGUGAUUUUGAUUUGGCACCUUGCCCAGACCUUUUGUCUCCUCCCAGUGAGUGAUUAUAAUUUGUUAUUUUUGCCUUUUGCUUAUCUAGUGAUUCCUCGAUAGAGUGAUUUUCUGUUGAUACUUUUCCUCCUUUGAGAGUGAUUUUUAUUUGUUACUUUGUCCAAUAAAUUGGAAUAAUUUUUGAAGUUGUCUCUGAGUCGUGCUAUUGGGUUCAAGUCCUUGUUCGGUUGUGACAUUGAUUUAUUUUGAUUUGUUUUUUAUUACAGUUUUGUGCAGUUUGCUAUAAUGGAAAUUAAACAUUAAAUGAAAAA